CUUUAUUAGUGAGCUGGAGAGUAAACUUGCCCUGGAGCGAAGUGAGCGUGAAAAAUUGGAAACUGCUUUAGAAGAAGCUCGACAGAAUGUGCAGCAGCCAACAGUACCCCAUCGAGCCCCUGAACAUUAUGAGAAAAAAAUUAUGGACCUUCAAAAUGAGUUAGAACAGGUUAGAUCACGUCUGAAAAAAGCAGAGCAGCAGUCUGAAGAACCUCCAUUAUUACGUAAGAUCCAAGGACAGAUGGAGGACAUGCAGAUGCAGCAUAGAGAGGCAAUUCAGCAGGAACGAAUUCGAGCUACAGCAGUGGAAGAAACUGCAAGAGACUUGGCUCAGUGCCAUGAAGAGCGAGUGGCAUCUUUAGAAGCUCGCCUCGCUGAUUUGUCACUUACAGUUGCAUCUUAUGACCGAACCCGGCAAGAUGAUCUUCAAGCUAUACAGAAAUUAAAGGAGAAAGUAGCAGAAUUGGCGCAAGAAAAUACCUUACUUGUUUCACGUCUUGGACCAGAUUCUGAUAAUAAUGAUAUGGAUAUAAGUUCACUCUGUCGGCGACUCACCAAGUUAAAAGACCAGUUAUUACAUGCCAACAUUAAUGCUCGUCAUCCAGUUGAUAUUGAAAGUAUUCUGUAUGGAGGAGAAAAUCUUCAUAUUCGAUGUCAACAGGAGUAUGAUCAACUUAAAGAGGAAUUUGAAAGAUACAAGAUAGUCUCAAGACAGCAGUCUGUGAACACUGGGGAAACAUCAUGCAAAGGAGAUUGCUCAAAACAAUUAGAAGAUUUACGUCAAAAAAUAAGGAACCUUACUUCAGCUGCUCAACUAGCCGCUGAAUCUCAUUCACUACAAGUGACAUCUUUACAUCAGGAAUUGUCUUCCCUAAGGGGCGCACAUGAUAAUCAGGUGCGACGAAUGGAAAAUGAACAUCGAGCUACAGUUGCAGCAAUUGAACAGCAACUUUCAGUGCAGCAACAACGAUCAUUAAGUACAAUGAGUGAGCGGGAUGGUGAAAUUCAGCGUCUCACUGAAAAACUGCAUCAAUUGAGUCAAACACCCUCUCAGAAUGGAUUAGGCAGUUACGAGGCAGCUGCUGCUCUUUUAACGCAAGUAAGUGGUGGCAGUGAGGGACCACUUUUACACCAUUUGGAAGAAUUAGCUAGGAAAGAUCAAGAGAUAUCUCAGCUGAGAAAAGAGAAGAAACGUGUUGAGACAACCAUGAGAGAAGUACAAAUGGCAGCUCUUGUCAGAAAGCAGGCACAGCAAGAUACCAUUGAGGCUUUAGAAGAGGAAGUUGAAAGAUACCGAAGGAAUGUUUCCAGAGAAGGUGAAAACUUGGAGUAUCUCAAGAAUGUAGUUCUCCAGUACAUGACCAGCUCUGAUGCAGAUUCAAGACAACUGAUGCUAAAUGCCAUUGCUGCUGUCCUUAAAUUCACUACUAAGGAAACAGAAAGUGUCAAGAAAUAUAAUGCUCUUUGGUGGUGGCAGCCAGCACCAAAGAGUAAUUUAGGUGCAAAAUCAUUACGGUAAAAUGCUGUGCCUUGGGGAGUGAUAUGGUUUUGCACUUCCAUCUUACUGGUUACAUGCUUUAAAAAUUUUAGUAGAUUCUGAGGAAAGUCUGUAUUCUCAAUGUAUUCCACAUUCCAAUUUUAAACACUGAAGAGUAGGUUCUUAAUUUACAAUGAAUAUUUCUAGUUAAAAUAUGUACUAUUUGAGUGGUGUUGUAUUGUGGGUUAGUAGACUGUCUUCCUUUAUUCAAAUUUAUCAUUUGUUCCUGAUUGCUAUUGAUAUGAUGCAAAUAGUGUACGUAUGUGGAAAAUGAGACAUUUGAAUGCAACAAACAUUCAACCAUCUCGGUUUCACUGUGCCAAGUGGAGUGCCUUGUAGAUCAUGUUUGCAUCAUCUGUAUCUGUUAUUGAAACAAUCAUAUAAAUUGAUUUUCCAGUAGUACUUUUAUGAAGGUAAUGCAUGAUUUAGAUUUUGUAUUUUUUAUCCAGCAGUUUCUUUAUAAAGACAGGCAUAAUUUAAAGUUGUGUUUAUUUUCUAGCACUGCAGUUCUUUUUUGAAAACUUGCAUGACUUGGAGGUUGUGUUGAUGUUUAAUUUUGCUGAUAUUUCUCUACUUUACUUUUAAAGAUUUUAACAUGUUUUUAAUUUCUUUGUGGACAAGCACAUUGUUUAAGCUUGUGAUAAAUUAAUUCAGUGACAAAUUUUAGAUAUACUAUAUUACAUUGAACCUUCACUUUGAUAAUUGAAUACAAUCUUAAUUUUGCUGGACUGGAAUGAUUUGAGAUCAACUAAAGUAAGGUGCUUUCUGUUACAUAUUUUUUCUUUAAUAUAUAUCUUGAAAUUUUUC